AAAUUUGAAACAGUAUGAUCACAAUGACAUUGAUAUAUAUCAUUUUAAAUGAAAAUCGAAACGUUGUGUUAACAACCUUGAUUUCAUUAAAAAAAAAAAAAUCAACAACCUUUGAUCUCUCCUAAAAGAACAAAAUUCUAUCACGUUACGCAACUCCAGUUAUGGUAAUGGACUUGGUCCCCAAGAAACACCAUUAUUAAUUUCCUUUAAUUUUCAAAUACAACUAUCUUAUAUUUUCAUUGCCUAUAAUGUCCCCAUAACGUAUAUAUUCGGACGUCUGUAAUGCAAAGGAUUUGUAAAACUUUCUUUAAGAAACGACUAGUAGCAGUUGUAAUAAUUAAUUAAUAAACCCUAAUCACUAAAAAGUUAAAAACCCUUUUUAAACCCUAUAAAUUAACCACCCUGGCCAGAAACGUAACCAAAAAUAUAUACAAACUAAGAAGGAAACCUUGAGGAGGAGAAGAAACCUUUACCCUGAAUUCUUGAGGAUGAUGAUGACUCGUGGCGGCAAUAGGUUAGUCAGCUCCAUGUUCAAGGUCGGCCCACGCUACUUGUCCACAGCAACAACAUGGACCCUUAUAAACGAGAACGUACGGUGCAAAAGCACUUUGGCCCUUGGUGACAAGGAACAGGAAGAAAAGCAAGCAGUGGGAGGCGGCCCCACCAAGAAUGAGAAGGGGAUCAACAGUUAUUGGGGCCUGGAGCCAACUAAGGUGACCAAAGAGGGUGGCGCCGAAUGGAAGUGGACAUGCUUUAGGCCGUGGGAAGCAUACAAGGCAGACUUGUCCAUAGAUCUGAAGAAGCAUCAUGCGCCAGUGACUUUGCUGGACAAAAUGGCUUAUUGGACUGUCAAAACUCUUAGAUGGCCCACAGAUUUGCUCUUUCAGCGGAGAUAUGGUUGCCGAGCAAUGAUGCUAGAGACUGUGGCAGCGGUGCCUGGGAUGGUGGGAGGAAUGCUGCUGCACUGCAAGUCGUUGAGGAGAUUUGAGCACAGUGGAGGUUGGAUCAAAGCACUGUUGGAAGAGGCUGAGAAUGAACGUAUGCACUUGAUGACAUUUAUGGAGGUGGCCAAGCCUAGAUGGUAUGAGCGUGCCCUUGUAUUUGCUGUCCAAGGUGUUUUUUUCAAUGCUUACUUCUUGGGAUAUAUUAUUUCACCCAAAUUUGCCCACCGAAUGGUGGGAUACCUUGAGGAGGAAGCAAUACACUCUUACACUGAGUUCAUCAAGGAGUUGGACAAUGGUAGCAUAGAGAAUGUCCGUGCUCCAGCCAUUGCUAUUGAUUAUUGGCGCUUGUCCCCCGACUCCACUCUGCGAGAUGUUGUUAUGGUUGUGAGGGCAGAUGAGGCACAUCACCGCGAUGUUAACCACUUUGCAUCAGAUAUACAUUAUCAGGGACGCCAGCUGAGGGAAGCUCCUGCUCCGCUUGGUUAUCACUGAAAUCUUACAAACCGGCAAUCUGCCUUUCAACUUCAAUAAAUAAUUUGUUUUCUCUUGCAAUCAAUAAUUACAUUCCUACUACCUUUCUUCCGUCAAAUUGGGAUGUAAUAUCUACUUAUAUAGGGGAAAUUUUUUUUUAGUGUGAUUUGAUGGGGAAUAAUUUUAUCAUUUUAGGUAAA